AUGUCGGAUGCAAGUCGCUUGUUCGCGAAGCUGGGGGCAGCCUUGCUUGAUCGCGAGUCCAGUCCGGGAAGGGAGAUGCAAAGCAGAACGGCUAAGCAUAGCUCUUGGGACAAAGAAGGCAAUCACUCUACUGGCUUAGGAGGUGGAAAUGGAAAUGGCUAUCAAGUCUUGCGUCGACAUCUUGAAGCAGCAAUUUCAGGGAAUGUAGAAUCAAGUCAAGAUAAAGCCACAAUCGUUCCAGAACGCGUGGAAUGUGAUAAUCAGUACAUUGGACGGAUUGCUGGGCCGCAAUAUAAAUUAUAUAAGCGGCUCCCACUCGCCAGUGUUCGGACAGGGGCGUGGAUGCAAGCUCCUGCAUCAAAUGGUUUUCAGAAGAGCUCCCAAUGGCCCAAAACGGACCAAGAUUCACGCCAUUGUCGCCUUGGAGCGAUCCAUGAGGCCAUAUUGCUUAGCCCACAUUUUCCUGACAAGCACAAGUCUUCAGCCUCAGGCAGAAAACCUACUGACAGCCCACAAGAAACACCAAUCCAGACGUCGGCACCUGGCGGCCCCGACUCGGGUCCAAGCACGGCGACCGUUCCUAAGUCAAGCCUGUGUGAAAGUUGUCGGGCCAUCGUCACCUGUAAAGUCGUGAGCGAAAAUCCCGACGAUGAUUGUGUGCUGCCAGCCUCCGUCACACGUCCAGAAGGACGGGAAGUAGCCCUGAUGGUAUUGCAAGAUACUGGGGCGGACGUAUCGGCAAUGUGCAAGACACUCGCAGAAGAGUGCGGAGCAGAGAUCACAGAACUUGCCCAGACUGAAAGAAUCCGUAAUCCCGUCGGGGAUCGCUACGUGGACGCAAAAUGGGUCGCCCGUCUUGAUGUACAAUUACCUUGUUUGGCGUCAAAAGGGAAGCCGCCCGUCGAGGUCGAGUUCUAUUUGCUUGACGAGAAAGACUUCCCGGCAGGUGAAGUUCUGCUGGGUAGACAGGCAGUUAGGGAGCUGGGACAUACCAUCAUUCUCCACUGCGAAGUGUGUGCCGAAGCAAAGUAA